AGACACAGCAGCGCUCAGUCCAGAGGAAGCGAAGGUCACCUCCCCUUACCUCGACUCACUGCAGCAGCUUGUCGGCGUGAAUAGAGACUUUUCUCUGUAAUUAUUCCGUUAAAAAAUGGACAAUUUUGAUAAUUACAACGCGUCGGAUAAAGCAGAGGCUUCGGAGCUUCAGCGUAUGAUCGCCAUAGAGCAGCAGAAAGCGCAGUUCCAGGCCCAGGUGCACACUUUCACUGACGUUUGCUGGGACAAGUGUGUGGACAGCCCGGGCUCCAAGCUGGACUACAGGACGGAGACGUGCCUGCAGAGCUGCGUGGAGCGCUUCAUCGACACCACCCUGGCCAUCACCAACCGCUUCACACAGAUGGUGCAGAAAGGAGCUCAGUAAUGAUAAUACACCGUCGAUGCCAACCGGACUGUGUUGUGACAUUCAUCAGAUAUUUUGUAUUCUUAUGAUGUUGGUAGAAGAUUAGAUGAAGAGGAUGUUUUUUUUAAUAUAAAUCACUGUGUAUGCUUCAGGGGUCUGUAAUGUGAUCAAAUGGAAAACUGUACAUGGAUACAGCUGCACAUAACAGCCAGAAGUACCUCUUUGACUCUAAGAAGUGAUGUAACCUGGCAUGAGUAAAGUGAAAUAUUGUACUCA